AUGACUAUGAGGAUAGUGAAGAUAGUGUUGCAUCAGAAUUACAAGAUUUAAUGAAUAAACAUUAUAACGAGCCACUGACAACUGGAGAUUAUGUUAAUUAUGAAAGUAAGAAUGAAACUGAAGCAAUGCCUGAAUUAGAGGAAAUUGCUGCG